AUGAUCAUUACGACGUAUCGAUAUUUCCGUCGCAAAUAUGGGCCCCAAGAGCCCAGAACAGAGGAGACAACCCAAACUCCAAAGAAGAUAUCUCCUCCGUGUCACCACCGAUCCCAAGGGGAGCAUAAUGAGUGGCCGUCCACGGACAACGAAGAGUGCCUCCAAUGUAAGGCAGAACAGCGGGCUCUCAGAAAGUACCGGUGGAAGAUAAUACUGGCCUUGAUACUCCCAUAUUGUCUCCAGUCUUUGGACAUCACAAUUGUUGCCAGCGCCUUGCCAUGGAUUGCAUCAGAUUUCGACGAGAUAGCACAACUCAACUGGAUCAUCUCGGCCUUCAACCUGACCUCAGCUGCUUUCAUCCCCUUCUGGGGCCAAGCCGCAGAUGCGUUUGGCCGACACUGGUCACUGCAAACAACUAUGAUCUUAAUGCUGAUAGGCAGCGCAUUCUGCACCGCCGCCCCAACCAACGCGUUCGCCUUAUUUCUCCUCGGCCGAGCUAUACAGGGCAUCGGAUGUGCUGGGAUCGGGACCAUCAUCCGGGUAGUGCUGGCGGACAAGGUGUCGCUGAAAGAGAACGCAAGGAACUGGACCGUGUUCACCUUGACCGGCGGCGCCAGCUACGGGCUGGGCCCUGUGAUCGGCGGCUACCUGACCAAGGUGAACUGGAGGUGGUGUUUCGGUAUCAACCUGCCCAUCGGCGUCGUCGGCAUGGCCACGGUGUUCCUGGUGCGCGACGAGAUGCUGGGGCCGCAGUCCAUGCCGGGGCUCAACGAGCACGGGGCCGGCCGCCGCCAGCGGUUUGCGAAGCGUCUCGGCACCAUCGACAGCGGCGGCCAGCUGCUGUUUCUGUUCGGCUUCGGUCUGCUCGUCCUGGCGCUUACCUGGGCGGGCGCGACGUACGACUGGAACAGCGCCCAGGUCGUCAGCACGCUUGUGCUAGGCAUACUGAUCGUCGCCGCAUUCCUGUUUUACGAAUACCUGAUGAUCCCGGGCAAAGCCCUCGCGCAAAGAUUGUCCCACCAGAAACCCAUGAUGCCUUGGUAUCUCCUUAAGAACCGGAAUAUCAGUCUCCUGUUCUACAUCAACUUCGCUACUGGGAUGGCAAUGUACAGUGUUCUAUAUUUCUCGGAUAUAUACUUCACAAUGGUCAAGCAUUUUACCCCUGAUGAAGCGGGCGUUCAGCUGCUAUUCUACACCCCUGGCCUUGGAGCUGGUGUCUACUUGUCGAUGCUAUUCUGCAACCGCUGGCCACGGAACACCUUUGUUCCGCUCUUACUUGGCUCCGUCGUCGAGGCGUUCGGUGUCGGCCUGCUCGCGUGGGCGCUCUAUUUCGAGCACAACCCCACGAUCUACGGGAUGAUCGCCUUGACGGGUGCAGGAACGGGCCUCCGCUUCAUGCCGGGCAGCCUCCACGCGAUCGGCUUCUUCCCCAACGACAUUGCGACCGUUACAGCCCUCAUGGGCGUUGCGAUGCCGUUUGGCGGGACGUUGGCCCUGACCAUCAUGGCUACCGUGUUCAACAACACUUCCGGUAUCGGGCGCGACUCACCCUUCCGAGACUUUAGCACUCUGGACCAGCAGCCAGCAGAUGUCCUGGCUCAGGUGACGGAAAGUGCAAGGAACGGCAUCACGUGGGCAUUUGUAGCACUUACACCCUUUAUGGUAUUGUGCAUUAUGUGCUCGUCCUGCUUGGGCAAUGUCACGAUCGAUCCUCGGAGUAGUGUGGAUGAUCUGGGGCAAGGAAGAGGUGGCCAUCUUACCCACGGGAGCUACCUGCUUUCACUCUUCAGGGGCAAGACUAGCCAGAGAGACAACAUUGCAGAGGAGGAACGACAGCUUCAAACUUUCACCAGGGAAUAA